AGGACCGGAAUUGAAGAACCCUGCCUUAGUGCAUUGAGUUUGCUGAGGUUUUUACGUUUGUCAUUUAUUUCCCGCAACCAGUAGUGGGCGGCGCUACACCAUUUCCGGUGUAAUCUGCCCUAAAACACCACCGAAGAAGAUCACUGAGGUCAGACUGCUACAAGAAGUGAAGAUGCCGACUGCCUACGAGAGGUUCAAUUUGUAAGUAUUGUGCUUCACUUUUAAAUGUAAUUAAACGACACCAAUCAAGUAUAAGCAAUAUCUGAUCCGCGUUUUCACCCACAGAGAUGUACAGUGGACAUGUGUCAUUAUCUUAUUAUGAUUGUCAAAAGUCGGGUUGACAUCAGCUAGUUAGCCUGAUUGCUUGCUGAAUGCUAGCUAAGCCAACAACCAAUGGCAAUGCAGUCUAUAACUACCUAGUAAAUGCCAUUAAUGUUGCAUGACCAGUUGCCUGUCCUUUCAAGUAUAUGAUAUACAGUACACGGAGUAGCCUACAGGGCAGGCAAACAGACCAAUGGUUUUAUCAGUCCAAGUUUUGCAUAAAAUUUUUUUUUGGGACAGUUUGUCGUGUAAGCUCAAUUUUAUGUGUUGUCUCUGCUGUAGUGGGUGUGACACUGUACAGGACAUAUUGGGCAACAUUGGGGUGGGGAUCUGAAUACCUGACUGAGUGGCUCAAAAAGACAUGUCUACUCAGCUCCAAGGGAAUGGGCGAAGUCACUAGUAGAUGUAUUAACAGAACAACGGUGCUCAUAAAGUACUGCUGAUGUAUCAGAGAUGGCACCGAUAGCUUGUUGAGAAUAGGUAUGUGCCAAAACAAUAGCCGUGGGCCACGAACAGGGUCUAACCUACUUUUUGAUUGUUGAAUUCAGUCACAACAUCACUACAAGUCAUGCAAGCAGGCAAUAUGGAGUGGUUGUUAUGCCAGCAGUAUAUCUGGUUGUCCAAGGCUUUCCCGUGGCAUGAGAAUGUGUUCAAAAGUCCCUAACAAUAAGGCUUUUGUCUGGCAGCCACUUCUCCUCAGUCCUCACUUAAGGCUCAGUGCAUGAUGGCGCUCUACUCUACAGACUUUACUGUAGCCCAGAAAGGAGGCCACACUUUUUUUUCUGGUGCAGGAUUUUCCAGCUCUGAGCAAGCCUGCUUGCAGGUUAAGUUGUUCAGCCCAUUUAUGCUGCAAUAGGAAAUCAAUCAUAGCCAGAGACAGAGAAACACCUUUGUUAUACAAUACAUUGUUCUUCUUUGCCGUUCCUUUUAGGCCUAAAUGUUCUCUGUUUGCACAGGCGUGAAUGAGCUUUUGUAGGCUAGGCCUACUCUGCUUUGUGUGUCAAACCAGGCCUAGGCUAAGACAAGUGUUGCAAUUUUUCAUUCAGUCUCUUGCUGAAUGCAUCAUUUUAGGCCUAAUCAUUGGAAGAGAUUCAUGCAGUACAAUACUCACUGACAGGCAGUGGUGUAGAAGAGUGUUGCCUCAAUGCAGACAGACAGUGGCAAUACUCAGUCCUCUUGAGCGAACCUGUUUCAACAUCUGACGGUGCUGAUCUGUUGUGAUAUUAAGCUUACGUCAUUACAUGCCAUGCUCUCUAACCUCAGCAAGAAAUAGGACAAGCAGUGCAACAUGUAUCUAUGGAGACAGAAAGUUGCUUAUUCUGGUAUUUCCUUUGUCUGCUGUCACCGCCGUGGCACUGGCAAGCAAAACAUUAACAGUCGCUGUGUAGCUCUUGUCCUUCCGGUUUAGAUUUUGAUGCUGCACAGUGCUUCUACAGACUGUAGUCCUAUGUUAAUCACAGUUGUCAUUAUCUAAGUUUACUGUCUGCCCUGUAAUAAACCUCAGGGUUAUUGUUACAUCUCUUUAAUGUGCUGCAUCUCACGGUGCUCUUUAUUGACCCAACAUGUCACUGGACGUUCUCUGUAACAUGCUCCAGGGUGAAGUUUACCCCAAGGUACUUCGUUCCUACUCCACAACAACCUCAUUAUUCCCCCUCCCUUCCCACAGGCACACUACCCCAGAGAAGUUCUAUAUUGAGGCCUGUGAUGACGGGGCGGAUGCAGUUCUGGCCAUCGACAGGGUGUCCAAUGAGAUGACCCUGACUGGUAAGACUUAGUGCACACCGUAGCGAAAUGUUUUGCAUCAGGAAACAAAAACAAGCAUUUCUUUAUUGGAUUAAUUCAGGUAGGUUGCUCCCUGUUUCAGUUUCCGUUUGGAUCCUAGUGAAUACGACCCUGGUGGCUUCAAUGGGAAGAGUGUCAAAACAAAACAGAAAUACACUGCCAUUGAUUGGCGCGCGUCAACAGAGUUGGGGGGUCAAUUCCAUUCGAAUUCCUGUCAGUUAAUAUGGACAUGAAGACGCUCUGAGUUGCGAUGGAGAUAAGAGUUGACCCCUGCUCAUGGUUCUAACCGUGCCAUGACCCUUUAAUGGUUCCUUCUCAUACUCUGUACGAGUGCCGAGAGGGUUUUUAUAGGGAGCUAAUGGAGUUCCUGAAGUGAGGAAGUUGUGAAUAGUGGCCGUGGCCAAUGGCACUGUUUCUGACCAACAUUUUAUAGACCCUCCUCUUGGCUGCAGAGGCAUUUAGCUGUUUUUAAAGCUAAUUUCCUGCAAUUCUACACAUUUUGUCAUGGGGCUGAGAGAAGAAAUUGCAGUUUUUAAAGCAAAUGUCCUGCAAUUCUACACAUUUUGCUAUGGCUUAUGCUGUGUUCUUAUGCUAUCUGUAUGACUCAAACAUUAUUACAAAAUCAAUGGGGGCCCCAUUCCAUGGCCUUUUCGGAAAUGUUGAUUCUCCCUGUCCGUCUGUAUUUUGGUUAUUGUUAGUUCUCAAGAUGAUAUUUAAAGAUGUAUACACUACCGUUAAAAAGUUUGGGGUCACUUAGAAAUGUCUGCGUUUUCCAUGAAAACAUACAUUAAAUGAGUUUGAAUAGGAAAUGUAGUCAUUGACAAGGUUAGAAAUAUUGAUUUUAAUAGAAAUAAUAAUUAUGUCCUUCAAAUUUUGCUUUUGUCAAAGAAUCCUCCAUUUGCAGCAAUUACAGCCUUGCAGACCAUUGGUAUUCUAGUUGUCAAUUUGUUGAGGUAAUCUGAAGAGAUUUCACCCCAUGCUUCCUGAAGCACCUCCCACAAGUUGGAUUGGCUUGAUGGGCACUUCUUACGUUCAAGCUGCUCCCACAACAGCUCAAUAGGGUUGAGAUCCGGAGACUGUGCUGGCCACUUCAUUAUAGACAGAAUACCAGCUGACUGCUUCUUCCCUAAAUAGUUAUUGCAUAGUUUGGAGCUGUGCUUUGGGUCAUUGUCCUGUUGUAGGAGGAAAUUGGCUCCAAUCAAGCGCUGUCCACAGGGUAUGGCAUGGCGUUGCAAAAUGGAGUGAUGGCCUUCCUUCUUCAAGAUCCCCUUUACCCUGUACAAAUCUCCCACUUUACCACCACCAAAGCACCCCCAGACCAUCACAUUGCCUCCACCAUGCUUGACAGAUGGCAUCAAUCACUCCACCAGCAUCUUUUCAUUUGGUCUGCGUCUCACAAAUGUUCUUCUUUGUGAUCCGAACACCUCAAACUUCGACUUGUCUGUCCAUAACACAUUUUUUCCAAUCUUCCUCUGUCUAGUGUCUGUGUUCUUUUGCCCAUCUUAAUCUUUUCUUUUUAUUGGCCAGUCUGAGAUAUGGCUUUUUCUUUGCAACUCUGCCUAGAAGGUCAGCAUCCCGGAGUCGCCUCUUCACUGUUGACGUUGAGACUGGUGUUUUGCAGGUACUAUUUAAUGAAGCUGCCAGUUGAGGACCUGUGAGGCGUCUGUUUCUCAAACUAGACACUCAUAUAUUUGUCCUCUUGCUCAGUUGUGCACCGGGGCCUCCCACUCCUCUUUCUAUUCUGGUUAGAGCCCGUUUGCUCUGUUCUAUGAAGGGAGUAGUACACAGCGUUGUACGAGAUCUUCUGUUUCUUGGCAAUUUCUCGCAUGGAAUAGCCUUCAUUUCUCAGAACAAGACUAGACUGACGAGUUUCAGAAGGAAGUUAUUUGUUUCUGGCCAUUUUGAGCCUGUAAUCGAACCCACAAUUGCUGAUGCUCCAGAUACUCAACUAGUCUCAAGAAGGCCAGUUUUUUAUUGCUUCUUUAAUCAGCACAACAGUUUUCAGCUGUGCUAACAUAAUUGUAAAAGGGUUUUCUAAUGAUCAAUUAUCCUUUUUAAAAUGAUAAACUUGGAUUAGCAAACACAAUGUGCCAUUGGAACACAGGACUGAUGGUUGCUGAUAAUGGGCCUCUGUACGCCUAUGUAGAUAUUCCAUAAAAAAUCAGCCAUUUCCAGUUACAAUAGCCAUUUACAACAUUAACAAUGUCUACACUGUAUUUCUGAUCAAUUUGAUGUUAUUUUAAUGGAGAAAAAAAUUGCUUUUCUUUUGAAAACAAGGACAUUUCUAAGUGACCCCAAACUUUUGAACGGUAGUGUAUAUAUAGCUCCGUGAUCUUUUCUACAUACUUCAUAUCUGGUUUGAGUUGUUUAUGAUUACACUGAAAAUGAUUUAAGGUGAAACACUGACGUUUGUCCUGUUACUUGUUUCUUUUAGGGAAGAAGGAUGUUCCUCCGUCGGCGAACACCAGGCCCAUCUGCGGCAUCAUGGGGACCGUCCGUCUGGUGGCAGGUAGGGCCACAGCCUGACGACACUGGGCUGGUCCUUAUAUCUUGUCACACAAGAUGUAGGUCUACCACUCAGUGCGCCCCAACAAUAUCUCCUUUCUCCUGAAGUGUGUACUUGUUUACUACUUUCCACAAAUCUAAAAACAUUGGAUUGGUGGAGGCCGGGGCUAGUGGGAGGUUCCAACCGGUAUUCCGUCUAUUAGUAUAAAAACAUUGGGUUUGGUGGAGGCCGGGGCUAGCCGGAGGUUCCACCGUAUUCCUUAUUAUAUAAACACAUUGGAUUGGUGGAGGCCGGGGCUAGUGGGAGGUUCCACCGUAUUCCUUAUUUAUAAAAACAUUUGGAUUGGUGGAGGCCGGGGCUAGUGGGCGGUUCCACCGUAUUCUUAUAUUAUAAAAACAUGGCGGGUGUAGUGGGAGGUUCCACCGUAUUCCUUAUAUUAUAAAAACAUUGGAUUGGUGGAGGCCGGGGCUAGUGGGAGGUUCCACCGUAUUCCUUAUAUUAUAAAAACAUUGGAUUGGUGGAGGCCGGGGCUAGUGGGAGGUUCCACCGUAUUCCUUAUAUUAUAAAAACAUUGGAUUGGUGGAGGCCGGGGCUAGUGGGAGGUUCCACCGUAUUCCUUAUAUUAUAAAAACAUUGGAUUGGUGGAGGCCGGGGCUAGUGGGAGGUUCCACCGUAUUCCUUAUAUUAUAAAAACAUUGGAUUGGUGGAGGCCGGGGCUAGUGGGAGGUUCCACCGUAUUCCUUAUAUUAUAAAAACAUUGGAUUGGUGGAGGGCUAGUGGGAGGUUCCACCGUAUUCCUUAUAUUAUAAAAACAUUGGAUUGGUGGAGGCCGGGGCUAGUGGGAGGUUCCACCGUAUUCCUUAUAUUAUAAAAACAUUGGAUUGGUGGAGGCAUGGGCUAGUGGGAGGUUCCACCGUAUUCCUUGUAGCAGUAAUUUCCCUUCAAAUCAGUGGGAAGUGAACAAGUGUAUACUUUGGAAGGAAGGAGAGAUUAUCUGGACGUAACUUCCAUCUUGUUCAACAAGAUGUAACACGUCACUGUUCAUAUAUGUGGUGCUGACCAGGCUGCCAUGUUAACCCUUGGUUUCCCCUCUCACAGGGAUGUACCUGAUUGUCAUUACCAAGAAGAGGAAUGUGGGCAGCCUCCUGGGCCACGCUGUGUGGAAGGCAGUGGAUUUUGACGUCAUCUCCUACAAAAAGACUGUGCUUCACCUCACUGAGAACCAGGUGACAAACACACCCAUGCACAUUUUUGGGAUAGUUUUUUUUCGCUUCAUUUUAGACUAUAGUUCGAAACAGAGGGGGAGACAGGCAAGUGAGAGAACAGUAGGAAGGGUGGAUGUGGGGAUUGAACCCCAGUCUCUGGUGGGGAAUAGCGUGUAUGUGACUAGCCGGGAACGUUACCACUUCCUAUUCCAAUACUCAGCCCAGUCGGUUGAUUCUGUUUGAAACUCUUCCUAGAUACCGUAUAUAUGUAUUCAUUGAUAGUUGUCGCAUGUUAUCACUCCAUCCAUAUCGGACUUUGCAUUGUGUCAGUACACAGGGAGAAUUUGGUUUGAAUCUAUCCUGGUGUUUGCCAGUCAGUAGGGAAAGCACAGUCCCAUGGAAACAGCCACAGGUCUGAGGAAAUUGCCUAUAUACAGUAUCUUUGCACUAGAGGGGACCUAGCCACAGUAACGUUAGUACAGCUAACAGACAGUAGCUUUGCACUAGAGGGGACCUAGCCACAGUAACGUUAGUACAGCUAACAGACAGUAGCUUUGCACUAGAGGGGACCUAGCCACAGUAACGUUAGUACAGCUAACAGACAGUAGCUUUGAACUAGAGGGGACCUAGCCACGUAGCGUUAGUACAGCUAACAGACAGUAUCUUUGAAACUAGAGGGGGACCUAGCCCAAGUAAACGUUAGUUGUACAGCUAACCAGGACCAGUAGCUUUGCCACUAGGGGGGGACCUAGCCACAGUAACGUUAGUACAGCUACCAGACAGUUAGCUUUGCACUAGAGGGGACCUAGCCACAGUAACGUUAGUACAGCUAACAGACAGUAGCUUUGAACUAGAGGGGACCUAGCCAACAGUACGUUAGUACAGCAAACAGGAUUUGAACUAGGGGGGUAACGUUAGUACAGCUAACAGACAGUAUCUUUGAACUAGAGUGGGACCCUUAGCCACAGUAACGUUAGUACAGACUAACAGGACCAGUAGCUUUGAACUAGAGGGGACCUAGCCACAGUAACGUUAGUACAGCUAACAGACAGUAUCUUUGAACUAGAGGGGACCUAGCUACAGUAGCGUUAGUACAGCUAACAGACAGUAGCUUUGAACUAGAGGGGACCUAGCUACAGUAACGUUAGUACAGCUAACAGACAGUAGCUUUGAACUAGAGGGGACCUAGCCACAGUAGCGUUAGUACAGCUAACAGACAGUAGCUUUGAACUAGAGGGGACCUAGCCACAGUAACGUUAGUACAGCUAACAGACAGUAGCUUUGCACUAGAGGGGGACCUAGCCACAGUAACGUUAGUACAGCUAACAGACAGUAGCUUUGCACUAGAGGGGACCUAGCCACAGUAACGUUAGUACAGCUAACAGACAGUAGCUUUGCACUAGAGGGGACCUAGCCACAGUAACGUUAGUACAGCUAACAGACAGUAGCUUUGAACUAGAGGGGACCUAGCCACAGUAACGUUAGUACAGCUAACAGACAGUAGCUUUGAACUAGAGGGGACCUAGCCACAGUAGCGUUAGUACAGCUAACAGACAGUAGCUUUGAACUAGAGGGGACCUAGCCACAGUAACGUUAGUACAGCUAACAGACAGUAGCUUUGAACUAGAGGGGACCUAGCCACAGUAACGUUAGUACAGCUAACAGACAGUAGCUUUGAACUAGAGGGGACCUAGCCACAGUAACGUUAGUACAGCUAACAGACAGUAGCUUUGAACUAGAGGGGACCUAGCCACAGUAACGUUAGUACAGCUAACAGACAGUAGCUUUGAACUAGAGGGUACCUAGCCACAGUAACGUUAGUACAGCUAACAGACAGUAGCUUUGAACUAGAGGGGACCUAGCCACAGUAACGUUAGUACAGCUAACAGACAGUAGCUUUGCACUAGAGGGGACCUAGCCACAGUAACGUUAGUACAGCUAACAGACAGUAGCUUUGCACUAGAGGGGACCUAGCCACAGUAACGUUAGUACAGCUAACAGACAGUAGCUUUGAACUAGAGGGGACCUAGCCACAGUAACGUUAGUACAGCUAACAGACAGUAGCUUUGAACUAGAGGGGACCUAGCCACAGUAACGUUAGUACAGCUAACAGACAGUAGCUUUGAACUAGAGGGGACCUAGCCACAGUAACGUUAGUACAGCUAACAGACAGUAGCUUUGAACUAGAGGACCUAGCCACAGUAACGUUAGUACAGCUAACAGACAGUAGCUUUGAACUAGAGGGGACCUAGCUACAGUAACGUUAGUACAGCUAACAGACAGUAGCUUUGAACUAGAGGGGACCUAGCCACAGUAACGUUAGUACAGCUAACAGACAGUAGCUUUGAACUAGAGGGGACCUAGCUACAGUAACGUUAGUACAGCUAACAGACAGUAGCUUUGAACUAGAGGGGACCUAGCCACAGUAGCGUUAGUACAGCUAACAGACAGUAGCUUUGAACUAGAGGGGACCUAGCCACAGUAACGUUAGUACAGCUAACAGACAGUAGCUUUGCACUAGAGGGGACCUAGCCACAGUAACGUUAGUACAGCUAACAGACAGUAGCUUUGAACUAGAGGGGACCUAGCCACAGUAACGUUAGUACAGCUAACAGACAGUAGCUUUGAACUAGAGGGGACCUAGCCACAGUAACGUUAGUACAGCUAACAGACAGUAGCUUUGAACUAGAGGGGACCUAGCCACAGUAACGUUAGUACAGCUAACAGACAGUAGCUUUGCACUAGAGGGGACCUAGCCACAGUAACGUUAGUACAGCUAACAGACAGUAGCUUUGCACUAGAGGGGACCUAGCCACAGUAACGUUAGUACAGCUAACAGACAGUAGCUUUGAACUAGAGGACCUAGCCACAGUAACGUUAGUACAGCUAACAGACAGUAGCUUUGAACUAGAGGGGACCUAGCUACAGUAACGUUAGUACAGCUAACAGACAGUAGCUUUGAACUAGAGGGGACCUAGCCACAGUAACGUUAGUACAGCUAACAGACAGUAGCUUUGAACUAGAGGGGACCUAGCUACAGUAACGUUAGUACAGCUAACAGACAGUAGCUUUGAACUAGAGGACCUCCUGUUUCAACAACAAACCCCUACUGUUGGAAUCACACAAUGACGAUGUUAGUGUCUAAUUUCAGUGAAGCAGACCAUGUACAUUAUUCAUCAAGGCUGGCUAUUCCUGUACUGCUAAUUGAAAGAGCAGCCUUGGCUUGAGACUAUAAGGUGAUGUCCCAAAUGGUACCCUUUCCCCUAUACUACUCCCUUUAUAGUACACUAUAAAGGGAAUAGGGUACCAUUGUAACUUCCCCCGGGGAGUUUAGAGAUUCACCAUAGCACACAGUCAGAACAACGCUGGCUAACGACACGGCUGACUAAGUUUACACUGAAUUGCCUUUUAUUAUGGAAAAUGGAAGUCGUCACCCUGUUUAAAAUAUAUAUAUAUAUAUAUACAUAUAUAUAUAUAUACAGUGGGGAGAACAAGUAUUUGAUACACUGCCGAUUUUUGCUGGUUUUCCUACUUACAAAGCAUGUAGAGGUCUGUAAUUUGUAUCAUAGGUACACUUCAACUGUGAGAGACGGAAUCUAAAACAAAAAUCCAGAAAAUCACAUUGUAUGAUUUUUAAGUAAUUAAUUUGCAUUUUAUUGCAUGACAUAAGUAUUUGAUACAUCAGAAAAGCAGAACUUAAUAUUUGGUACAGAAACCUUUGUUUGCAAUUACAGAGAUCAUACGUUUCCUGGGGGGGGGGGGGUCCGAUCCUUAAGAGGUUAAACAAAUCAAAAUAUAUUUUAUAUUUGAGAUUCUUCAAAGUAGCCACCCUUUGCCUUGAUGACAGCUUUGCACACUCUUGGCAUUAUCUCAACCAGCUUCAUGAUGUAGUUGCCUGGAAUGCAUUUCAAUUAACAGGUGUGCCUUGUUAAGUUAAUUUGUGGAAUUUCUUUCCUUCUUAAUGCGUUUGAGGCAAUCACUUGUAUUGUGAGAAGGUGGGGUUGUUAUACAGAAGAUAGCCCUAUUUGGUAAAAGACCAAGUCCAUAUUAUGGCAAGAACAGCUCAAAUAAGCAAUGAGAAACGACAGCCAUCAUUACUUUAAGACAUGAAGGUCAGUCAAUCCGGAAAAUGUCAAGAACUUUGAAAGUUUGUUCAAGUGCAGUCGCAAAAACGUCAAGCGCUAGGAUGAAGCUGGCUCUCAUGAGGACCACCACAGGAAUGGAAGACCCAGAGUUACCUCUGCUGCAGAGGAUAAGUUCAUUAGUUACCAGCCUCAGAAAUCAGAGUUCAAGUAACACACAGCUCAACAUCAACUGUUCAGAGGAGACUGUGUGAAUCAGGUCUUCAUGGUCGAAUUGCUGCAAACAAACCACUACUAAAGACACCAAUAAGAAGAAGAGACUUGCUUGGGACAAGAAACACGAGCAAUGGACAUUAGACCGGUGGAAAUCUGUCCUUUUGUCUGAUGAGACGCAGAGUAGGUGAACGGAUGAACUCCGCAUGUGUGGUUCCCACCGUGAAGCAUGGAGGAGGAGGUGUGAUGGUGGGCGGGUGCUUUGCUGGUGACACUGUCAGUGAUUUAUUUACAUUCCAAUACAAACAAUGGUUUCAGAUCUCUUGAUAAUCAAUGAAGCAAUGGAAACCUGCAGGCAAUCCUUCUGCAGUAUGAAGCUAUUUGAAAUGUGAAGUAAAAUGUGGAAUAGAUAAUAUGGUAAAGAUAAUAAAAUAUGCUAUAGAUAUGGUAUAAAUCAUAGUGGUGUGUAUAUAUAGGUCUACAUUUCAAUGUAUUGCUUUUGUAUCUCUCCUUGAAGACCAGUGAAGCAGUGAAUUCAAGAGACAUUUAACCAGCAUGGCUACCACAGCAUUCUGCAGCGAUACGCCAUUUGUUUUUCAAUAGGACAAUGACCCAAUGCACCUCCAGGCUGUGUAAAGGCUAUUUGACCAAGAAGGAGAGUGAUGGAGUGCUGCAUCAGAUGACCUGGCCUUCACAAUCACCCGACCUCAGCACAAUUGAGAUGGUUUGAGAUUAGUUGGACCGCAGAGUGAAGGAAAAGCAGCCAACAAGUGCUCAGCAUAUGUGGGAACUCCUUCAAGACUGAAGCUGGUUGAGAGAAUGCCAAGUGUGCGCAAAGCUGUCAAAGGCAAAGGGUGGCUACUUUGAAGAAUCUCAAAUAUAAAAUAUAUUCUGAUUUGUUUAACACUUUUGGGGUUACUACAUGAAUCCAUAUGUGUUAUUUCAUAGUUUUGAUGUCUUCACUAUUAUACUACAAUGUAGAAAAUAGUAAAAUAAAGAAAAACCCUGGAAUGAGUAGGUGUGUCCCAACUUUUGACUGGUACUGUGUAUAUAUUUUAUUUUUGGUGCAUCCACCACCACCCCUAUUCGGAGGACAAAAUUAAACUUUGUUUUUACACCUUUUUACACCACAACUACACAGAUUUGACAUGCACUACAAAAGUAUGUGGACACCUGCUCGUCGAACAUCUCAUUCCAAAAAUCAUGGGCAUUAAUAUGGAGUUGGUCCCCCCCCUUUGCUGCUAUAACAGCCUCCACUCUUCUGGGAAGGCUUUCCACUAGAUGUUGGAACAUUGCUGCGGGGACUUGCUUCCAUUCAGCCACGAGCAUUAGUGAAGUCGGGCACUGAUGUUGGGCGAUUAGGCCUUGCUCGCAGUUGGCGUUCCAAUUCAUCCCAAAGGUAUUUGAUGGGGAUGAGGUAUUUGUAUUUAUUAGGGAUUCCCAUUAGCUGCUGCCAAGGCAGCGGCUACUCUUCCUGGGGUCCAAAUGCAUUAAGGCACUUACAUUACAUAUAAAACAAAAGAUAAAACUGUACAUUUAUAUAAUGUUAUUACACCACUACACAUCUGCAGUACAAAAUGUAUAAUUCCACCAAACAACAAUAUUACAAUGUAUGUGUGUGUGCUAGCUCGUGUGUCUGUAGCUUUGUGUGAGGGCUCUGUGUUUUGAUGGGGUUGAGGUCAGGGCUCUGUGCAGGCCAGUCAAGUUCUUCCACACCGAUCUCGACAAACCAUUUCUGUAUGGAUCUCGCUUUGUGCACGGGGGCAUUGUCAUGCUGAAACAGGAAAGAGCCUUCCCCAAACUGUUGCCACAAAGUUGGAAGCACAGAAUCGUCUAGAAUGUUAUUGUAUGCUGUAGCGUUAAGAUUUCCCUUCACUGUAACUAAGGGGCCUAGGCCCGAAUCCAUGAAAAACAGCCCCAGACCAUUAUUCCUCCUCCACCAAACAUUACAGUUGGCACUAUGCAUUGGGGCAGGUAGCGUUCUCCUGGCAUCCGCCAAACCCAGAUUCGUCCAUCGGACUGCCAGAUGGUGAAGCGUGAUUCAUCACUCCAGAGAACGCGUUUCCACUGCUCCCUGAGUCCAAUGGCGGCGAUUUUUACACAACUCCAGCCGACGCUUGGCAUUGCUCAUGAUGAUCUUAGGCUUGUAUCCGGCUGCUCGGCCAUGGAAACCUAUUUCAUGAAGCUCCCAGACUAACAGUUAUUGUGUUGAGGUUGCUUCCAGAGGCAGUUUGGAACUCGGUAGUGAGUGUUGCAACCGAGGACAGAAGAUCUUUACGCGCUACGGACUUCAGCACUUGGUGGUCCCGUUCUGUGAGCUUGUGUGCCCUACCACUUCUCGGCUGAGCCGUUGUUGCGCCAAAACGUUUCCACUUCACAAUAACAGCACUUACAGUUGACCGGGGCAGCUCUAGCAGGGCAGAAAUUUGAAGAAAUGACUUGGAAAGGUGGCAUCAUAUAUCUUAUUAGAAUGGUCAGUGAAAGUUUUAUGUUUUUGGCCUAAUAAAUGCUUAAAGUGUGUAAUACCUUUUUAUAUUUCCAUGAGUGCCAUGGGUGAAGUUGAAACUGGGGGUGGAGAUUAGUUUGGAGGUGUUAGGAACCAUGUUUGAUCCCAAAUGGCACCCUAUCCCCCAUUUUGUUUUUUUUUGGGGGGGGGGGGCAGACUGCAUUCACUUACAAAAACAGGAUAUAAAGUGCUGACGUCAUGCAGGGAAGCUGCAGCCUCGUCGGGGGGAGGAGCUAUAGGACCAUUCUCAUUUCUAUUUCCUUGCCUCUUCUUCAGAACGCAUUGGAGAAGACUUGAGGAGGAACCUUCUCCAAUACUGCUGAGUAGGAGACAAGCAGAUAGGAUGUGAGGGAUUGCGGAAAGACUCCAUUGAGAAGUGCACACUUCGGGAGAAAGUAGAAAUCGUUGUGGGCGGAGCCGUAGAGUCAUUCAUGUCAGUCUUCUCUCUCUCUCUCUCGCUCUCCCCUUCUCUCCGUGGGUUAACCGGCUUAGCAUCCAGAAUACAGAUCCUAUUAGACAUGUGGAGGGAGGGGCCUUAACGCCUGGGGUUGCUCGGUAGCUGAUGUAAGACACCUGCACCAGAUAGGGAAUAGGGGGCUGCCAUUGGGGACGCAGAGAUCAUUAGAGGUUAUGCACCCUAAACUUCCACGUGCAGUAAAGCCCUGGGAGGGAGGGAGGUGAAGUGGACAAGGUUUAGAAUGAAAUCCAUCAACUCUGAGGGCUAUUAUAAUACAUAAAAGAUGUCAUCCAUGCAAUAACAAUUUGUUUGAAGAAAUCUUACUAGCUGACCAACAAUGUUUGUAAAGCAUGCUGCUUAAUUUCAUAUGAAACGUCCCUGGCUUAACAGCCUCUUCUCACAUUUCACACACACAACUCCUGCAAACUGCACUGUCAUGAGUUGUGCCCAGCCAGCUAAUCUAUUUUCUCCCCUCCCUCUCUCCAGACGCAAGACAACAAGACGUUCCUGUCCAUGAUUAACAACGUGCUGACUACAGAUGGAUUCUACUUCUGCACUGACUAUGACCUGACCCACACCGUCCAGAGACUGGCCAACGUCAGCCACGACUUCCAGGAGAUGAGCCUGCUGGAGAGGGUAGGAGAGGAGGAGGAGGAGGGGAGAGGAGGAGGAGGUGGGGGGAGGGGAGGAGAGGAGAGGAGAGGAGAGGAGAGGAGAGGAGAGGAGAGGAGAGGAGAGGAGGAGGGAGAGGAGGGAAGGAGAGGAGGGAGGGAGGGGGGAGGGUAGGAGAGAUGGGGGUAGGAGAGGAGGGGGGGAGGGCAGGAGAGGAGAGGGAGAGCUAUUGUUUCUCUGGAACCCUGUCCAGAAACGACCCUACCUAGCCCUCUAGGCUCCUGUGUAGACCUGGAAAGAUUGGAUAUGAGCAGUGUGGUAACCUGUCUACCUCUAUCAGAGGGCAAGGUCCAGCUACCACCAUAUUGCUUAUAACUAACCGGUUCUUUAGAAUCUAGAUCAAGUGCUUAUUUUAGGAGCAUAAGAGUUGUUUUUGGACAGGGCCAGAGUUUUCAACCACAAAGGCUGAGGUCGGAGAGUAUCAUCCCAUUAGAUGAUGAUAUCCAGGUCUCAUCCAUAUUGGAGGAGUGUCACUGCCAGAUUAACUGUGGUGUUUGGGCUCCUGCCAUGCAUGUAAACCACACUAGUCACCUUGCCCUCAUGUACACACACACACAGAUGCAUUUACUCACGUAAACACACACACACACACACACACACACACACUCACCUUUUCAACCCCCCUCAGUCUCAGCUGAGGCAUUACUCUUGUGUCCAGUAUCUUCACUUUCUCCUCCACUGAAACCUUGUCUAACUGGUUUGAUGGUGAGAAGAACAUGUGCCGUAGUUUUGCGAUGGAACAGGCGUCACGGUCUGUCCAUACCGUCACGGUCUGUCCAUACCGUCACUGUCUGUCCAUACCGUCCCCUAUGGACCAUGUUCCAAAGUAAUGCACUAUAUAGGGAACGGGGGUGCAUUUGGAAUGAAGCCUCUAGCUAUGUUUCCAGUUUGCAUAUAAAAUACAUGUGAUAAUUGCCUGCUAGGAUGCAUUUCCAUUUAACUAUCUUGUCAAUUAAAAACAGCUGGACGUAAUGUCACACCACAAAAAUAACUAGCGUCUAAUAAAAAUGUAGUGGUUGAAUGGUUUCCAUUACCCAUUUAGGAAAAUGGACCAUUAAUAAAUUGGAGACAGCCUGUAUGCCCUCCCACAUAUGUUUCAUGUCUCAGGAAUAGCCUGCGAAAGCCAGCCUGGAUAGAAUGCAAAAAUUUACUAAUAUUUACCAUAUUCUAACUAUUCUCUUGUGCCAACGUAUCGCCACGGUCCGUGCCAUGGUGAACUUGUACUCCUGUAGAUAUGAAAUAAUUGUACGGUGAAGCUUGCCAGCCAACCAGAAAAAGCAAGGCGAAGCAAUUCGGGCAUUCUUGAAAGUCAGGGCAAUCCUUGUCCUGCAAAGAAACCAUUUUUGUAGUAGAACAAAUGUUGAUAGCAGUAGGCAUUUAGAAUUUAAAUGUGGAGUGGAGCUUUAUAGUUAAGCAGAGAUCUCAUGUGCCCCGCGUACCUUCCAAAUGAUUAAGCAAUAAUCAUUCAUUCGAAAAACACUGUUUCCAUCAUUUUUCACAAUAAAGUUUGACAAAAUAAAAAUCCACCCCUGUCGACUAGGAUGAAAAUGUUGUCGAUCUUUAGAACGUUUGCAGGUUGACGAACAGAUUGAGGAAUUAGAUUGAGUCUGUGACUGACUGGUUGGUUCUCCUGUUUCUAGGCAGAUCAGAGGUUUGUGUGGAAUGGAAGCCUCCUGAGAGAGUUCCUUGCACAGCCGGAGGUGAGUGAUAUGACAACUAUAACGCCACAGUUUUUGUUCUUUGUUCUGAUGACGUAUCCCGUUUUUAAAAUGUGAUAUUUUCUUCCCUUUCAGCUCCACAGGUUUGCGAUCCCUGUUGUCCAUGGAUGUAUCCUUUCCAUGGUCUGGCUCUGUUCCCACCGAUCUUAGUGUAGUAGUAAUCAAUGGGCCCACUUCGGAACAUAGAGUUUGAAUAGGUCUCGGAGUGUUCCAAUAUCCAAUUUCAACUCAGUGGAACUUAAAUAAUUCCCUCAGGGGGCACUUUAGAAAGCCAUUGCCAGGUCAGAAAAUAAUAACAUCCGCCACUUAGAAUACAAGUACAAUAGCAUCCUCCGCUUUGGGCAUGUCCCAAAUGGCACCCUAUUCCCUAUAUAAUGCACUACUUCUGCCCUGGUCAAAAGUAGUGCACUAAAUGGGGAAUAGGGUGCCAUUUCGGAAGCUGCCUUAGUAGAAUUUGACCUUUUGGCCUGAUGCUGUAGUAGUGUAUUCUGUGAGGUCCUUGAUGACCCUGAUCCAGUCAUUGUGAUGAAGCCGUGCCGUGUCAACGGGAAGAUCUUUGAAUGGAUCCUCAUAUCCAGAAGGAGCUGCUUCAGGGCUGGGGUCAGGUACUACGUCAGAGGUAAGACACAUGGCCACGUCCCAGUUGGCACCCUGUUCCCUAUGUUGUGCACUACUUUUUGACCAGGGCUCAUAGGGCUCUGGUAAAAAGUAGUGCACUAUAUAGGGAAUAGGGUGCUAUUUGGGAUGGGACCAUACUACUGUACUGAGCAGCAUUACUGGCAUGUUGAAUCAGUAAUGGCCCUGUGGACGUGCGUAAUCAUUCUCUCAUGAUCAUUAUUCGUUUUUCCUCAGGUAUCGAUUCUGAGGGCCACGCUGCUAACUUUGUGGAGACGGAGCAAAUAGUCCUGUACAAUGGAGGGAGGGCUUCAUUCGUACAGGUGAGUUGUAGUAGUGGUGGUGGUGGUAGUAGUAGUAGUUGUAGUGUUAGUAGUAGCAGUAGUGGUGGUAGUGUAAGUAGUAGUAGUGGUGGUGGUGGUGGUGGUGCAGUGAGGGAAAAAAGUAUUUGAUCAACAAAAAAAUCCAGAAAAACUCAUGUCAAAAAUGUUAUAAAUAGAUUUGCAUUUUAAUGAGGGAAAUAAAUAUUUGACCCCCUAUCAAUCAGAAAGAUUUCUGGCUCCCAGGUGUCUUUUAUACAGGUAACGAGCUGAGAUUAGGAGCACACUCUUAAAGGGAGUGCUCCUAAUCUCAGCUUGUUACCUGUAUAAAAGACAUCUGUCCACAGAAGCAAUCAAUCAGAUUCCAAACUCUCCACCAUGGCCAAGACCAAAGAGCUCUCCAAGGAUGUCAGGGACAAGAUUGUAGACCUACACAAGGCUGGAAUGGGCUACAAGACCAUCGCCAAGCAGCUUGAUGAGAAGGUGACAACAGUUGGUGCGAUUAUUCGCAAAUGGAAGAAAGACUGUCAAUCUCCCUCGGCCUGGGGCUCCAUGCAAGAUCUCACCUCGUGGAGUUGCAAUGAUUAUGAUAACGGUGAGGAAUCAGCCCAGAACUACACGGGAGGAUCUUGUCAAUGAUCUCAAGGCAGCUGGGACCAUAGUCACCAAAAAUCAAUUGGUAACCCACUACGCCGUGAAGGACUGAAAUCCUGCAGCGCCCACAAGGUCCCCCUGCUCAAGAAAGCACAUAUACAGGGCCGUCUGAAGUUUGCCAAUGAACAUCUGAAUGAUUCAGAGGAGAACUGGGUGAAAGUGUUGUGAUCAGAUGAAACCAAAAUGGAGCUCUUUGGCAUCAACUCAACUCGCCGUGUUUGGAGGAGGAGGAAUGCUGCCUAUGACCCCAAGAACACCAUCCCCACCAUCAAACAUGGAGGUGGAAACAUUAUGCUUUGGGGGUGUUUUUCUGCUAAGGGGACAGGACAACUUCACCGCAUCAAAGGGACGAUGGACGGGGCCAUGUACCGCCAAAUCUUGGGUGAGAACCUCCUUCCCUCAGCCAGGGCAUUGAAAAUGGGUCGUGGAUGGGUAUUCCAGCAUGACAAUGACCCAAAACACACGGCCAAGGCAACAAAGGAGUGGCUCAAGAAGAAGCACAUUAAGGUCCUGGAGUGGCCUAGCCAGUCUGCAGACCUUAAUCCCAUAGAAAAUCUGUGGAGGGAGCUGAAGGUUGCGAAACGUCAGCCUCAAAACCUUAAUGACUUGGAGAAGAUCUGCAAAGAGGAGUGGAACAAAAUCCCUCCUGAGAUGUGUGCAAACCUGAUGGCCAACUACAAGAAACGUCUGACCUCUGUGAUUGCCAACAAGGGUUUUGCCACCAAGUACUAAGUCAUGUUUUGCAGAGGGGUCAAAUACUUAUUUCCCUCAUUAAAAUGCAAAUCAAUUCAUAACAUUUUUGACAUGUGUUUUUUGUUGUUGUUAUUCUGUCUCUCACUGUUCAAAUAAACCUACCAUUAAAAUUAUAGACUGAUCAUGUCUUUGUCAGUGGGCAAACGUACAAAAUCAAAUACUUUUUUCCCUCACUUUAGUAGUGUUAGUAGUAGUAGUAGUGGUAGUAGUGGUAGUAGUGGUGGUAGUAGUAGUAGUAGUAGUAGUAGUCGCAGUAGCAGUAGUAGUAGUAGUAGUAGUAGCAGUAGCAGUAGUAGUAGUAGUAGUAGUAGUAGUAGUAGUAGUAGUAGUAGUAGUGGUAGUAGUGGUAGUAGUAGUAGUAGUAGUAGUAGUAGUAGUGGUAGUGGUGGUGGUGGUGGUGGUCGCAGUAGUAGUCGCAGUAGUAGUCGUGGUCCUCUGUAGCUCAGCUGGUAGAGCACGGCGCUUGUAACGCCAGGGUAGUGGGUUCGAUCCCCGGGACCACCCAUACGUAAAAAUGUAUGCACACAUGACUGUAAGUCGCUUUGGAUAAAAGCGUCUGCUAAAUGGCUUAUUAUUAGUGGUAGUAGUAGCGGUGGUAGUAGUAGUAGUAGUAGUAGUAGUAGUAGUAGUAGCAGCAACAGCAAUUUUGUAUUUGAUUUUGAAAAGCCUAGUAAUAGGGCAUUUUUUAUAUUUUCAUAAUGAAUAGGCUGAACCAUUACCUUUUAGCUACAGAAUAUCUCACCACCAUGUGUUUCCAUCUCCUCUCUCUCCUUGAUUCCUUUCUCGAGCGUGCAGAGGGGCUGUCAACAGUUUAGUGAAAUAUGUUUUUGUUUGCGAAAACAUGUUACUAUCAAUGUUUCACUUGGGUUUCCCAAAUGAAGCACUGGGUAGCUGCAGGAACAGGGUUGGAGAGCCCAUGGCAUACAGAGUACUGGGCAGAAUAUCACCUGUCGCUCCUCAAACAGUGGUUGGUGCCUGGAGUGAAAUAAAGUGUUAUUUCUCUGCUGCUCAUAUUAAGCACAUGCUCCGCUAUAAAAAGUAGCCUACCCCGCAUCGUUGAAAAAACGGAUUAGUGGGGAAAACGUGCCGCCUCCAUUCGCUAUUCAGAGCAAACAGAUGACAUGUCUUUAUUCAUCCUGCCCCCCGUUCCUGCCCAUGUGUUAAUGGGCCAUUCUAAAUCAAACCACAUUUGACAUAUUAGUAAAGAGAAUUCAAUUGAGAAUAGUCUGAUGGGUGAAAAAUCUGAUCACUUGAUGAGAGAGCAGCGUGUGCAGCCUGAGGCAAGGAACUUUCUCAAAUCAUCCAUAGCCUUUAGUCGCACCAUGCAGCCCAUAAUAUGUUUUAAUUUCUAAGACAUUAAGGUUUGUAUCAUUAACAACUAAAGUUGCUAAAUAACUCUAAAUCUAGUGCAUAAGGCCUGUUUCAAAUGAUCACUUUUACGCUCAACAUAGCCACUUCAUACGCGCACCGGAAUGGGAAAAAUAGCCGUUCUAUUUUAUUCAGCUAAAUUCAAUUAUAUUCUUCUUACUAUAAAAUCAUAUAAUAUAAAAUAAUGGCAUUGAACUUAUAAGCAUUUCUUGUCUGCUAAAUGAACAAGCCUACAGUCUAUGGCAUGGAGCAUAGCCAGGUAACAUACAGUAGGCCAACUCAUAUUCUGUUCUUCGAAAAAUACAUUUUCUUCAUAUGAUAAUGUUUCUUUAGACCGGACUAAAAUAAAUAAUGGAUUUAUAUUGAUGGUUUUAUAUUAAAUUCAUUUAUUAUACCUUUUUUUAAAUGUAGAUGUUCCAAAGGCUCACAUCAGCGGCUUGUAUUCAGCUUAUAUGCGUGGAGGCCUGGAGAUGUUAAAUGUGUUUAUGUCAAUUACCGUGAGACCGGCAGACUUUUGCAUGACAAUAACCGCCUGGCAAAACUUCAUGACCGCAACUGCCCUACUCUGAACCAACACAGAGAAAUAAGAGCUUAUUUUUAAAUGUCUGUUUCCCUCCACAGACACGAGGCUCCAUGCCCUUCUUCUGGUCUCAGAGGCCCAACCUGAAAUACAAGCCCAAACCACUGAUCAGCAAGAACACCAAUCACGUAAGUGCUUUCACAUCUUCUGGCAGUUUCCCUUUUAUCUAUUGCAGCUCUUGUCUAUCAAAUCAUCAAUUAACUAAUUCUUCCCCCAACUGUCUUCCUAGAUGGAUGGCUUCCAGAGGCAUUUUGACUCCCAGGUCCUCAUCUAUGGAAAGCAGACCAUUCUGAACCUGGUAGGCCCCUUCAUUUUUUAAGCCUCACAAUGGCUAAAGCAUAUCCCUUUGUCACAGCAUUGUGAGAGAGAAGCAUUAGAAAGAUUGAUAUACACUGAACAAAAAUAUAAAUGCAACAUGUAGCAAUUUCAAAUAGGGCCUAAUCAAUGGAUUUCACAUGACUGGGAAGACAGUUAUGCAUCUCCUUAAAAGCUUCUACCCCCCCAAGCCAUAAGACUGCUGAACAAUUAAUCUAAUGGCCAUCCGGACGAUUUACAUUGACACCCUUUGCCUUGAUGACAGCUUUGCACGCUCUUGGCAUUCUCUCAACCAGCUUCACCUGGAAUGCUUUUUCAACAAUCUUGAAGGAGUUCCCACAUAUGCUGAGCACUCUGUUCACAACGUUGACAUCAGCAAACCCGCUAGCCCACCUGAUACCGUACUGUCUGUCUGCCAUCUGCCAUCUGCCAUCUGCCAUCUGCCAUCUGCCCGGUACAGUUGAAACCGGGAUUCAUCCAUGAAGAGCACACUUCUCCAGCGUGCCAGUGGCCCAUCGAAGGUGAGCAUUUGCCCACUGAAGUCGGUUACGACGCCGAACUGCAGUCAGGUCAAGACCCUGGUGAGGAUGACGAGCACGCAGAUGAGCUUCACUGAGACGGUUUCUGCCGGUUUGUGCAGAAAUUCUUCGGUUGUGCAAAUCCACAGUAUCAUCAGCUGUCCAGGUGGCUGGUCUCAGACGAUGCCUCAGGUGAAGAAGCUUGAUGUGGAGGUCCUGGGAUGGCAGGCGGUUGUGAGGCCGGUUGGACGUACUGCCAAAUUCUCUACAACAGCAUUGAGACGGCUUAUGGUAGAGAAAUGAACAUUCAAUUCUCUGGCAACAGCUCUGGUGGACGUUCCUGCAGUCAGCAUGCCAAUUGCACGGUCCCUCAACUUGAGACAUCUGUGGCAUUGUGUUGUGUGACAGAACAGCACAUUUUAGUGGCCUUUUAUUGUCCCCAGCACAAGGUGCACCUGAGUAAUGAUCAAUCUUUUUAAUCAGCUUCUUGAUAUGCCACACCUGUCAGGUGGAUGGAUUGCUCUUACAGGGAUGUAAACUAAUUUGUGCACAACAUGUGAGAGAAAUAUGUUUUUUGUGCAUAUGGAAAAUUUCCGGGGUCUUUUAUUUCAGCUCAUGAAACAUAGACCAACACUUUAUAUGUUGCGUUUUUUUUAUAUUUUUGUUCAGUGUAAGAUGAGGUGUUUUUCUUCCUCCAGGUCAACCAGAAGGGUUCAGAGAAGCCCCUGGAGCAAGCGUUUGCCAAGAUGGUGACUGGCAUGGAGAACGGCAUGAUCAAGUAGGAACCGACCACCGCUCUCCUGAACACCCUCAUCCACCGUAUUAUCAUCUCUAUGAUUUAUACAUUUUAGAUGGAUGCAUGAAUGGAUGGAUCUAACGCAUCCACUCCUUGUUUCUUAUGCCUGCAGGUACGUAGCAUUUGACUUCCACAAGGAGUGCAGUGGGAUGAGAUGGGAUCGUCUGAAUAUCCUGGUGGACAGUGUGGCUGAGACACAAGAUGAAUACGGGUAUUGCUCCCUAUUGACUCCUUUUGCAUAGCUGCUAGUCUACACCCCUUUAGCCAGAGGAUAGGCAUACGAACACAGAGGGGAGGCUUCCUCUCCUCUCCUCUUUAUCUCUGGUCUGUCUUCAGGGUCAAAUGCCAGUGAUUACAUUUAGUCAGUCACGUGACUUCUGAAAUUCCUCUGGGCAUAUGUGUUCUCCCAGGUUGCAUCCCAAAUGGCACCCUAUACCCUACUAUUGAGGCCCAAGUAGACAGUGCACUAUAUAGGCAAUAGGGUGCCAUUUGGGACUCACACCCUAGCCUUGUCUUCUGAUGACGACCCCUCUGUUGUCUCCCUGCAGCGGAGGGCUAGGUGGUGUCCCAACGUCAGUGCUGUUACUGGUUCUGUGGAUGUGUUUUCUCUGUCUCCCUGCAGCGGAGGGCUAGGUGGUGUCCCAACGUCAGUGCUGUUACUGGUUCUGUGGAUGUGUUUUCUCUGUCUCCCUGCAGCGGAGGGCUAGGUGGUGUCCCAACGUCAGUGCUGUUACUGGUUCUGUGGAUGUGUUUUCUCUGUCUCCCUGUAGCUACUUCAUGGUAGACACGGAGGGGAAGGUGUUGUCCCAGCAGAAGGGGACGUUCCGCAGUAACUGCAUGGACUGUCUGGACCGCACCAACGUCAUCCAGAGCAUGCUGGCCCGCCGCUCCAUACAGUCCCAGCUACAGGUAGGAAGUCCUCCAGAGCUGGCCCGCCGCUCCAUACAGUCCCAGCUACAGGUAGGAAGUCCUCCAGAGCUGGACCCGCCGCUCCAUACAGUCCCAGCUACAGGUAGGAAGUCCUCCAGAGCUGGCCCGCCGCUCCAUACAGUCCAAGCUACAGGUAGGAAGUCCUCCAGAGCUGGACCCGCCGCUCCAUACAGUCCCAGCUACAGGUAGGAAGUCCUCCAGAGCUGGCCCGCCGCUCCAUACAGUCCCAGCUACAGGUAGGAAGUCCUCCAGAGCUGGCCCGCCGCUCCAUACAGUCCCAGCUACAGGUAGGAAGUCCUCCAGAGCUGGCCCGCCGCUCCAUACAGUCCCAGCUACAGGUAGGAAGUCCUCCAGAGCUGGACCCGCCGCUCCAUACAGUCCCAGCUACAGGUAGGAAGUCCUCCAGAGCUGGCCCGCCGCUCCAUACAGUCCCAGCUACAGGUGUGUGGGUGUUACACUUCCACUGAGGGACCCUUCACUGCCAACUUUAACUUAUACAGUCCCAGCUACAGGUAGGAGCUAGGAGGGCUGCACUCAUUAUUACUUGAAACCACCUUGUUUCACACACUGUGGGGGGUCAUCAUUCUGACGAGACCGUUAGAGGUGGGAGGCAGAGGGUUGCUCAAAGACAACCAGUGGCUCCUGUUUUACACAGUUGGUUAACUUAUUAUUGAGCGUAUUAUUUUAGAGAACAAGCUGAAUGACUGAGCCCUGUCCCUAGUUCCCUAGCCUCUUCUAAAUGGACUUAUGUAUGUAUGUAUGUUUGUUUGGUGUUUGUCCACAGAGGAUGGGUGUCCUGCAUCUGGCCCAGCGGAUUGAGGAGCAGGCUGAUUUUGAGAAGAUCUACAAGAAUGGUAAGUGGCCACCCUCUACAGCCCAUGAAUGGCAGCUACUUUAGGCCUUUUCACAGUGCAUUCUCUUAGCCAAGGGCUUCCCCUUAGUUAAAAUUAGCCCAGGCCUAAGAGGGCUGUCAGCCCUGGGCUAAGGAGGCUGUCAGCCCUGGGCUAAGGAGGCUGUCAGCCCCGGGCUAAGGAGGCUGUCAGCCCCGGGCUAAGGAGGCUGUCAGCCCCGGGCUAAGGAGGCUGUCAGCCCUGGGCUAAGGAGGCUGUCAGCCCUGGGCUAAGGAGGCUGUCAGCCCUGGGCUAAGGAGGCUGUCAGCCCUGGGCUAAGGAGGCUGUCAGCCCUGGGCUAAGGGUAGUUUGUGAACGCAGCUUUUAAGUGUCAUAUGAAGUUGCUCUGUGUGGUCCCUCUCACACUAUUCUCGGGUGACCACAUGUCCCGGAUUGUGCAGGACAGUCCCGCAUUUUGUCCCUUUGUCCUGCAACCAAACAAUAAUGUCCCGCAUUUUGUCAACAAAUUCAAACCCUGCUAAUUUAGAAAAAAUGGUAGAUUUUUGUCCCUAACUACUUUACAAAAAGCGUGCUUCUGAUGAAGAGCUACAAAAGUAAAUAGCCGUAUUAGACUGAAAUAUAUAUAUAUAUAUAUAUACACAGUGGGGAGAACAAGUAUUUGAUACACUGCCAAUUUUGCAGGUUUUCCUACUUACAAAGCAUGUAGAGGUCUGUACUUUUUAUCAUAGGUACACUUCAACUGUGAGAGACGGAAUCUAAAACAAAAAUCCAGAAAAUCACAUUUGUAUGAUUUUUAAGUAAUUAAUUUGCAUUUUAUUGCAUAACAUAAGUAUUUGAUACAUCAGAAAAGCAGAACUUAAUAUUUGGUACAGAAACCUUUUUGCAAUUACAGAGAUCAUACGUUUCCUGUAGGUCUUGACUAGGUUUGCACACACUGCAGCAGGGAUUUUGGCCCACUCCUCCAUACAGACCUUCUCCAGAUCCUUCAGGUUUCGGGGCUGUUGCUGGGCAAUACGGACUUUCAGCUCCCUCCAAAGAUUUUCUAUUGGGUUCAGGUCUGGAGACUGGCUAGGCCACUCCAGGACCUUGAGAUGCUUCUUACGGAGCCACUCCUUAUUUGCCCUGGUUGUGUGUUUCGGGUCGUUGUCAUGCUGGAAGACCCAGCCACGACCCAUCUUCAAUGCUCUUACUGAGGGAAGGAGGUUGUUGGCCAAGAUCUCGCGAUACAUGGCCCCAUCCAUCCUCCCCUCAAUACGGUGCAGUCGUCCUGUCCCCUUUGCAGAAAACCAUCCCCAAAGAAUGAUGUUUCCACCUCCAUGCUUCACGGUUGGGAUGGUGUUCUUGGGGUUGUACUCAUCCUUCUUCUUCCUCCAAACACGGUGAGUGGAGUUUAGACCAAAAAGCUCUAUUUUUGUCUCAUCAGACUACAUGACCUUCUCCCAUUCCUCCUCUGCAUCAUCCAGAUGGUCAUUGGCAAACUUCAGACGGGCCUGGACAUGCGCUGGCUUGAGCAGGGGGACCUUGCGUGCGCUGCAAAUUUUAAUCCAUGACGGCGUAGUGUGUUACUAAUGGUUUUCUUUGAGACUGUGGUCCCAGCUCUCUUCAGGUCAUUGACCAGGUCCUGCCGUAUAGUUCUGGACUGAUCCCUCACGAUCAUUGAUGCCCCACGAGGUGAGAUCUUGCAUGGAGCCCCAGACCGAGGGUGAUUGACUGUCAUCUUGAACUUCCAUUUUCUAAUAAUUGCGCCAACAGUUGUUGCCUUCUCACCAAGCUGCUUGCCUAUUGUCUUGUAGUCCAUCCCAGCCUUGUGCAGGUCUACAAUUUUAUCCCUGAUGUCC